UCUGGGGCUUAUUCAUGAUUGUAGGCCUUCUCCUCCAUUACGCUUCCACCUCUAGGAAACUUCAGGUUCUGGUUGGUCCCCUGUUACCCAAUUAAUAGAGACGGAAAAGCAAGUCCAGAGUCUCCAGACUGGCCUUUCUCUCACGCCUACACAAUUCACACUGGGUGCAGCACAGAAACUUCCCUUCCUUCAAUGGCACAGUUCAGGGGACCAUCCUUUAUAGAUUACUUAAUUCAAUUCUCAAAUUUUCCGCAAAAACUUGCUUCGUCAUGUGGGCACAUAGACGUUGACCUUCACAUUAGAGAAUUGAAUAAUCCGAUAUUCAUUAUAUAUAAAUCAACCUCACCCAUUUCCAUUUCUCAUAUCUGACAUCCAGAGUUCCAAACCAGCUUCCCAUUUCUUAUUUCCACUCUUGGUUGAUCUUUCUCAGCAGUCUAAACCAUCCAAUUCAACAAUGGCGAAUAAAGCCGUCUCCUCUGCUUUAGCAUUAGCUAGAUCUGUUGGGUUCUCAAUAUUUCAGAGAAUUCUCAUCUGCAUCUUUAGAAUUCAGUUGUUCUACUCAAGUUUUCUUUCUCUUCUCCAAUCCAAACAUGAUUUUGUAAUUGGACAAUCAAAGGGUUCAAAGGUUUGGGCUGAGAUGACAAACCAGAAUCAUGGAUGCUCAGGAAGGUGGGUUUGCUUCCAAGAAGAGACAAAUGAUGGGAAACUUCGCAGGGGAGAGGUGGAGACUGUGAUGGAGAAUUUGGGGAUUUUUGUUAACAAAGAUAAGGAUAAACUCCAGGAGAGAAUGGGUUUGGAAGAGCUUUCAGCCCUGUUUGAGGAGGAGCCCAGCAUAGAGGAGGUGAAGGAAGCGUUUGAUGUGUUUGAUGAGAACAAAGAUGGGUUCAUAGAUGCAGGGGAGUUGCAGAGAGUAGUCUGUAGUUUGGGCUUCGCAGAAGGAUCAGAGGUGCAGGAUUGCAGAAAGAUGAUUAGAGCUUUCGACAUGAAUAGAGAUGGGAAGAUUGAUUUUGGCGAAUUUGUGAAGUUUAUGGAAAACAGCUUCUAAUGAAUUAUAUUCUUUUGUACAGUGGAGGUUCAAAUGUUGAUUCAGAUUAUACAAUUACAAUUCACUGAUUUUGUGUU